CUGUUUAUAGAUUCCAGGCGAGGAGAAAUCACUUCCACCAGCUGUACAGUUCAGGGACACAUGCUGGCUCAGCCCACCUCUGCCAUGGGAUUUUCAUUACAACAACUUGGAGAAGAGUUCAACUGCAGAAGCCUCAAGUGAGCUAAGGGAAAAAAUACAUGAAGAAGCAAGGAAAAGGCAACACUGCUGUUAGCAUCCCCCUCUUGCCCUCCAGGGAGUAGCAGUGUGCAGGUCUACCAUGACUACCACAGUGUGGCUUUUAAGAUGCAUCCUGGGAAUGGUCAUGCCUUAGAAAAUGGGUCUCACAGCAGGAGAGACAGAGAUAGUACCAACAAGAUGUCCUCUGUCCCAGACGUCAUCUCUGACAGCCAGGACCAGAGGUACAGCAUGAGAGACGAGAGUGUUGAAAGGAACUCCACAUUGAUGAUUGAUUCGAUCAGCCAGGCCUAUUCAGGGCCAGAGGACAACUCCACAGACCCACAGGAGGCCCUGACAGAGACUUCAACUCUGACCUUUGUGGAUGUCCACACCUUGGAGGAUUCAGCAGAGAACCACAGUCUCCACGCUGUGGCGAUGGUUUACCUGAAGGAGUUUGUGCUGAUAGAUGAUGACGAAGAUGGAGACAUGUCGCUAAGAGAGAAAACAGUGACUGACUUGACGGUCAUGGAUGGAAAAGCUGCUGACCUGGUGUGUGGGAGGCUGUUGUCCACCUCCAGUGGCUCACUGUCAGAGUGUAAGGAGGAAUCUCUUGCUCCUGAAGCACCUCCGCCCGGGAAACUUGAGACCUCACGUGGAAAGAAACACUGCUGUUUCUGCAGUGUCUUAUGACCAAAAAGAAGUUUUUUUUGUCAAAGAUCAGGACUGGAAAGUAGGCGUGCACGAUUAAUCAUUAUAAAACCGGGGUCUUGAUUCACCCUGUUCACGAGUGUUAAAAAAAC